AUGAGAUUUCAAUCCCUUGUUUUUAUCCUCAUUGUUCUAUUUUCCUUGGGGGCCACAAUUCAAGCUAUACCACCAGGCGAUUCAAGCCUCAUCAACAUCAAGGAUCCACAUGUGAUUCAAAUCGCUGAGUAUGCUAUUAAUGAGCAAAACGCGGAAAAUCAAGGGCCGGAAUUAAAGUUGGAGAAAGUCAUCAAUAUUAUAUCCCAAAUUGAUGAUGAAGGGACCAGCUACCAUCUCACCCUUUCUGCUAACGAUGGUUCUGCUUCUAACAAGUAUGAAGCUCAUGUGUUGGAGAAGCCAAAUGAGACCUAUUACCUUACCUUCUUCAAACGUAUUCAUGCUUAA